UUACAACUGUCAGUCCUGCUGGAGUGAAACCUCACAGUUUCCAGCGCGAGUGGACAAGUAACGAGAAUUAACUGUAUCACGCGUUCGGAUAUAACAAAACAUGAGCUAAGUACUACAGAAUACAAUUUAAACGUUACAAAUGGGGAGCUAAAAGAAGAAAAUGACGUGUAUGCGUUACAGUAUGUUACUAUUUUCAGUUUUGGAGUUAUUGUUGUUUGGAUGCACAGCUGGUUUGUCUCGUGCCGCACACCGCGAGAGCGAUGAGAGCGCGUCUCAAGGCUCGAGAUUCCCGCGUGCUGCGCUGGAUGAGCCACUGGACGCGACCACCAUACCAAACCACUUACAGGAGGACGACCUGAACCCCAGGUUUACAACUUUCAACCCCAGGCUGACCGUCACGACCAGAGACUCCAGGACCAGUGGUAAAUCUAACCAACUAGAAUCCUUCUUGGUGACCGCAACGGCUGCGCCUCUGACCAAAACAAUGGACCCAGUCAAUGAAAUAUCAACAUUAUCCACCAAACUAAAUAUUACAGUAAAUUCCACUUCUUUCACUCCAAUAAGUCACAAAGAAACGUCAACGUUACCCGCAUUGGAUACAAACAGUUCAUGGACAGUGAAAAGCACAUUCACGCCUGUCCUGACCACUGAGACAGGACCUCUACAGUGUAACUGCAGUGUUAAGGGCUCAGAGAUCCCAGAUACCUGUGACCCCAUCACAGGUCAGUGUGUGUGCUUACCUGAAUAUACGGGUCAACAGUGUGACAAAUGCCAGGAUGGAUAUUUUUCAAAUGGGACCAGCGUCUGCCAGGCUUGUGGGUGUAACCUCAAUGGAUCCGUGAGCCAAGUAUGCAAUAGUUCUGGCGUGUGCAUGUGCAAGGCAGGGGUGCACGGGGACAAGUGUGACGACUGCAGCCCGGGCUUCACACAGUUAAGCAGUACGGGGUGCCAACCGUGCCAAUGCAAUAAUCACAGCAACUCCUGCCACACGAUAUUAGGCAGCUGCAUCAACUGCCAGGGCGACACCGAAGGACCCAGCUGUGAGAUCUGCAGGUAUAAUUUCUACCGAAAGCGCGGUGCUUCUGUAACGGACCCCUGCGUAACCUGCCCCUGUUCCAGCGUCACAUCCACAGGCACCUGUAGGCUGGAUGAGAACAACGAGGCUGUCUGUAACCAGUGCAAGCCAGAAUAUCAGGGUCCAUACUGUGCGGAGUGUAGCGAUGGCUUCUACAACGCAGACAGCAUCUGCGUUACCUGUGACUGCAGUGGGAACGAAGACCCACGCACCUCCCCUAAGAUCUGCGACCCGGGAACAGGCGUCUGCCUGAACUGCAUCAACAACAGUACAGGCCCGCACUGCGAGCUCUGCGCAGACGGCUUCACAGGGGACGCGCUCGCCAGAAACUGCACUCUUACAGUCGUCCACACUACACCUUCAACUACUACCCACCGGGUUCACUACACCACCAUGACCUCCGGCCCCAAUGUUACAACUCAGUUCACCACCUCGGCCCUGCUGACGACCCUGGCCAGCUCGACCCCAAACACCACCGCGGCCGCAGUGACUCAGCUCCCGUGGAACCAAUUUAACAUUAUCAUCCUAGCAGUCAUCAUCAUCGUGGUGGUAGCUCUCAUGGCGGCGGUGGGUGGUGUGUACACUUACAGGGAGUACCAGAACCGCAAGAUCAACGCCCCGUUCUGGACCAUUGAGUUGAAGGAGGACAAUAUAAGCUUUAGCAGCUAUCACGAUAGCAUUCCAAACGUUGACGUAUCGGGCCUUUUAGAGGACGAACUUAGCGAAAUGGCGGGUAACGGACAGCUUGCUUUAUCCGGUAGUUUGUAUAAGGUCUGAUUUGCAUUAAAUCUUCCACGGAAGUGUUGCAGGAAGUACGCCAGCUCAGGACCAAGAGUGGGCAGAAUGUGGACCCAUGGAUACGGGGACCCUCAAUUUUUUUACGAUGCUGAACAAAAGACCUGGUGUCUUCAGCAAACAUGAUGAUAAAAAACUCAGAAUCAGACAAAAACAGAAAAGAGAGAAAAUUAUACGCAGACAAGAAAGGGAAGCAUCAGCGUGUUAUUUACCUGAAAGGGAUGGCGCUGUUGGGAAGCACCUGUCUUAUUAAAGACCUCGGGAGACUCUGAACUCAAACUUGCUGUCUUGAAGAAAGACAAAGAGACUAAUUUACUAAUGUAUGACGGCGAUUAAGGGCAUGUUUGAGUAGUGAUAGCAAUAUACAAACACAAUGAGACAUGCAUGCAUGUUUCAUCAUUCAUGCAUAAUUCAUUGAAACGCAUCUGCUUUAAUAAUAUUGUUUGCACAUUUUCAUGCAAAAUAUGCUGAUGUAUCUUUUUAAAUGUUCCCUUUGUAAGUGCUAAGAAUUUAAAAAAUGCACAGAGGACAUUUAUUUUUUUAAAACUCAGGAUAGAGAUACUGUUUUUGUUUCACAAGCCACAUGUGAUAACACAUGCAAGACUAUAGAUGGCAGCAUUACACAAGCCCUCGGCUUUGGUAUAUGCAAUGGAAAAUUCUGAGUAAAUGAUGCUGAAUGGCAUAUUUAGACACUUUCAAACCAAAGCGAAUUACAAGAUUGGAUGAUUAAAUUUUUUUAAGGCCAACGUUGAUCUGCGUGUCAGCCUCAAUAAGACAGAGCCUGAUAAAUUUAUGUAACAGUUUUAUAAGAGCAAAGUGGAUUUAGUAGCAAUAUGUGAUUUUGCGUGUUUAUUUAUUUUCAGCAAAUUCUCCUCAAUCAAUCCCUUAUUCUUCAUGACUUGUUUUCAGUCGAAUGCUUCAGCAAUAUGUUGGAUUUGGUUAAUUUAUUAUUUUAGAUAGAUCUCUUUCCCAUGCCAAUGGCUUUAAAACACAAGGUCAGUUUGACUCAUGAACAAAUAUGAGAAAAUGAGCAGUGGUCAUUCAAGCUUGCAUGACCACUUUGCGUAGCGCAGGCUGAAACAUUUUAAAGGAAGGUUAAUGAAUGAAUACGUGUAUAUAUUUGGUGUGCAAGAAUGCGUGUGGGUGAUUGGGGUGAUAAAUUAUAUGACAGCGUGUGUGUGUGAGUAGUAGUACAAAGCAUAAAAAUUCUGUAAGAAUGUGAAAAAUAUAUAAUCCGCAAUAACAAGUGAUUAGUUGUCAGCCCCGAAGUGAAAACAAGCUGCCUUUAGCUACAGCUCUAUAGUUCAUUUUAUCUCGCUCUCUCAUUCCACCGUCCUCAUCCGAGGUGUGUUUACUGUAUAUAAAAUGAUGUGAAUAUUAGAUGUACAGAAUAGUUGUAAUGAGCAGGCUGCUAUCAUACUGGUACAUGCGGGACGUAAAGAAACAUGGUCAGUUGUUUUGUUUCCCUGUCCAGCAUACGCACGCACACAUAGAAACUGAUGUCUUAAUGGUGUGUUUGUCGAACAGAGACAUGGUGUACGCUAUGCAUGGUGCACCACACUCACAACGCAACUAACUCUGUGAAAGAUUCAAUAAAAGGAGGUUUUAGUAA